CUCGACAUCGGCUGAGUUGCCGUCUGGAAACGGGUGUUUAAAGGAAAUAAAAAGGCGAAGGCAGUUCUAGGGAUCAGUGUACAGCUGGACACCAAAGAGUUUGUGUGUGGACGGGAAUACCUACUACGUCCUAUCACUGCUUCAUAAAAUAGUCAUAACAUCGCAGUGAAUAUUCUUUAUUUAAUCGGUCUCCAAAGUACAUUCAUAGUUCAAUACUGAAACCAUGCCAGCUUACGCAGAAACAGUAACUCCUGCAAAACCCCAUUCGCCUCCAUUAACGCACCCUAUUGCUCCCAUUUCUACAAAUUCUAAGGAAUUUGCUGCUCCGAAAUACCAAGAGAAUGUCGUCAUCAGUGGGAUGUCAGGGAAGUUCCCUGAAAGCAACAGCGUCGAGGAAUUUGCACAGAAUUUGUACGGAGGAGUGGACAUGGUCACCGAGGAUGACCGCAGGUGGCCUCCUGGUUCUUAUGGGUUGCCAACGCGGUCUGGAAAGGUUGUUGACUUGGCCCACUUUGACAGCUCCUUCUUCAGCGUCUCUCCCAGACAGGCACACAUGAUGGACCCACAACUGAGAAUUUUGCUGGAACUGACUCACGAAGCCAUUUUAGAUGCUGGGGUGAAUCCAUCAGAACUCCGUGGACGCAGAAUUGGCGUGUAUAUUGGUGUGAGCAGCAGUGAGAGUGAAGAAGUGUGGAUCGCAGACCCUUCCAAUGUGACUGGGUAUGCCCUUACUGGAUGCUGUCGGGCAAUGUUUGCCAAUCGUAUUUCAUACACAUUUGAUUUCAAAGGACCCAGCUUUGCAAUUGACACUGCUUGCUCAUCAUCCAUGGUGGCCUUCCAGAACGCUUGGAAAGCUAUAACAGACGGCGAGAUAGAGGCUGCAAUUGUUGGGGGUUCCAACCUGACACUAAAACCACAAAACGCUCUCCAGUUUAAUGCACUCAACAUGUUGGCAAAAGAUGGAAAGUGCAAAUCUUUUGAUGCCUCUGGGAAUGGUUACGUGAGAAGUGAAGCCGUAGCCGUCGUUUUCCUACAGCGAUCUUCCCAGGCACGGCGAGUGUAUGCCCAUGUCGUUCAUGCUCGCGCAAAUACCGAUGGCAACAAAGGCGAGGGCAUCACGUUCCCCUCCGGAGCUGUGCAACGCGAACUUCUCCAGGAAGUCUAUUCUCUAUCUGGAGUGUCUCCCAAUGACGUUUCUUACGUUGAAGCCCAUGGAACUGGAACUAAGGUGGGCGACCCUCAAGAAGUAAAUGCACUUGCUGAUGUGUUUUGUCAAGGACGUUCAGAGCCACUGUUGCUUGGCUCUGUCAAAUCAAAUAUGGGACACUCAGAGCCAGCCUCUGGACUUUGUUCUAUCGUUAAGGUUCUGCUAGCAAUGCAGAGAGGAGAAAUCCCAAGAAAUCUUCACUUCUCAACACCUAAUCCAGAGAUACCUGCACUUGUCGAUGGUCGAAUUAAGGUGGUCAGUGAAAAUACCCCAUGGAGUGGAGGAUUUGCAGCAGUCAACAGUUUCGGCUUUGGAGGCGCUAAUGUCCACGUCCUUCUUCGGUCUGCAAAUGUUGGCGAAGUCACUUCCUCCUCUCUCCUUAUUCCAACUUCCCCUAGAAUAUGUCCUGCUCUGCCUACAGUUGAAGGAAGCAAUGAAGUCUCCUCAAAUUCUUCAUCAAGUAAUAUCCUCCCUAGACUGAUUGUUGCCUCUGGACGUACUGAGGAAGCUGUUACAAACUUUUUGGAAGAUGUUAAGAAAAGAGCGACACCAGAGUUGUGUGGUUUGUUGGACAAACUUGUAGAUGUGCCACUCAACUUGUAUCCAGCACGAGGUUUCGUUGUCAGUGGCGUUGACCACACUGUUGCUCAGGCUUCUAGAAUUCAAAGUCUUGGACGUCCACUAUGGCUAGUGUUCUCAGGAAUGGGUUCACAAUGGACAGAGUGCGGGAAGGCGCUUUUACGUCUCCCCACCUUUGCUGCUGCCAUCAGGAGAUGCCAUGCUUCAGUAAAACCUCUUGGCCUUGACCUUAUGGAAGUCCUAACAAGUAGUGAUCCUACUGCUAUGGCCUCUACUGCAGCUAGUUUCUCUUGUAUUGCAGCAAUGCAGGUUGGACUGGUGGAACUGCUGCGCCAAGUUGGUAUUCGUGAGGUAUCUGGAAUGGUGGGUCACAGUGUGGGCGAACUAGGAUGUGCAUAUGCUGAUGGUACUCUAACUGCUGAACAAACUGUUCUGGCUGCUUACUGGAGGGGCAGGGCAGUGCAGGAGGCCACUCUGCCACCAGGUGGUAUGGCUGCUGUAGGCUUGACUGUGGAAGAAGCUGAGAAGAGGUGUCGCGAUGGAGUGAUAGUAGCUUGUCAUAACGCACAUGAUUCUGUAACUAUGUCAGGACCAAAGGAGGCUAUUGACUCCAUCAUUGAAGAGCUGUCAGCUGAAGGUAUAUUUUGCAGGGGUGUGAGAUCUGAAGGCGUCGCCUUCCAUCAUCCAUCCUUGAAAGCUGCUGCUCCACGUCUGCUGGAAGAACUGCAGAAGAUCAUUCCAAAGGCUUUAUCCCGGUCUGAUAAAUGGGUGAGCACUUCUGUACCAGAGGAAAAACUGUCAACUGCCCGAGAGGCUUCAGCACAUUAUCUUGUCAACAACCUGCUUUCACCAGUCCUGUUUGCUGAAGCACUAGAGAAGGUUCCACAAGAGGCUGUGAUAGUUGAAGUAUCUCCACACGGCCUGUUGCAGGCUAUCCUUAGAAGAGCCUUCCCUUCAGGUAGUCCUAUUGCUCUCAUCAGAAAGGAUGCAAAAUGUCCCUUGGUUCAUUUCCUGGAGGCACUCGGAAAGAUCUGUAUGAAUGGAAUACCUUUAGACAUUGGAGCUCUAUAUCCAAGCACAACAGUUCCUGUACCAUCUUGUACGCCAUCUAUUGCCAGCUGCAUAAAAUGGGACCAUAACCAAGAAUGGGAAGUAGCUCACUUCAGUACAUCUCCUUCUGGUUCAGAAUAUGAAGUUAAAGUUGAUCUUGAAUCCGAUGCUCAUCAGUAUUUGGAAGGACAUACCAUUGAUGGCCGUGUCAUCUUUCCUGCCACUGGAUACAUGGUUUUGGCAUGGCAAGCACUGUGCAGACUGAAAGGUCUUCAGUGGGAAGAGACCGCAGUUACAUUCACCGAUGUUAAACUCCACCAGGCGACUGUCUUGUCUUCCUCAUCUGCAUCGUCUAAUAUAACGACUCUCACUGUCAGAAUACUUCUGGCAAAAGGCGAAUUUGAGGUUGUCGUAAGUGACUCGGUUGCUGCAUCAGGUUGCAUUCACCUUGGAGUUGAAACGUCAGAUGAAGAAGCCCUGAAGAGUUACAUGAAAGAGGAAGCUGCCAAUGAUAAAGAGAAAACACUCCUUAAAAAGGAUGUUUACAGGGAACUCCGUCUCAGGGGUUACCAGUAUAAAGGAAUUUUCCAAGGAAUUGAAGAAACAGACAUUAAUGGAACCCGAGGAUCUUUGAUGUGGAAAGCCAACUGGGUGUCAUUCUUAGAUACUUUCUUGCAGUUCUCACUGAUUGGAUCCAAAUACCGUAGUCUUAUGCUACCAACAAGAAUCAGAAAGGUCACGGUUGACCCCUUGUCUUUCUAUGCUAGCAUCAACAAAGAAGAGGAGAUCAAGAAAGUACCUGUUUGCCACAACCCUCUCAUAGGCGCUACAGCUUCUCACGGAGUAGUCUUCCAAGGCUUGAAAGCAUCCUUGGCACCAAGACGACCAACCGCAGACCAACCUCUUUUACAGACACAUCAAUUUGUGCCUCUCCACCUGAAAGAGGAUAACCAGUUAUCUUCUAAUCUGUCCAAACAGGCAGCUUUAGGCAUCCUGAUCGAUAUUGUUGUGGAGAAUUCUUUAGCUCAUACACUAAAAAUCGUAGAAAGCGACACUUGUUCUCAUCAUGAAACAGAACCCCUGGAGAAGAUCCACGCCAUUGAUGCUAUCUCAUCUGUUGAUCAACAUCCACAGUUAAAAGUGGACUACACUCUUCAGACGUCCUUCAAACUAGGCAGUGAGGACCAAGAAAAACUUGCAAACUCUGGUGUAAGUAUGAAAGAGGAUAUAAAUUCCAAUCUGCCCUCCGCCAACCUAUUGAUCGUUCAUCAGGCCAUGGACUCCGACGCUCUAGAAAAGAUGAAGGACAGUGCAUUUGUAAUUGCAAGUGAUGAAAAUACAAUUGCAUCCUUUGUAUCUGCUGGUUUUGAGACUGUAGCCUCCAUCAAGAAAUUUUCUCUGGUGCUCAUGAAGAGGAGAAAUACUGAGCCCUAUGAAGUACUUCAAAUUCCCGGUGAUGAUACAGACUUCUCAUGGGUAUCCAUCUUGAAGGAAAAACUAGCAAAUACAUCUAAGCUGUGGCUUGUAAGCUCAGGUGAACCAACAUCAGGCAUUAUUGGAUUUGUCAACUGCUUAAGAAGAGAACCUGAAGGAGAGAAAAUCAGGUGCUUAUUUGUUCCUGGAAAGAACACUUCUCUGGACUCCGAGGUAGCAGCUCGAGACCUGGCUUUGAAUGUUUACAGGGAUGGCGAAUGGGGAACUUACAGGCACCUUGCCCUCCCACCACUGUGUCCCAAGCCAGCAGCACACGCUCUGUUAAAUGUUGCAACCAGAGGAGAUUUGGCUUCCCUGACCUGGUACGAAGCCCCUUCACCUAACUCUCAAGAGACAUUCUCGAAAUCCAGCGAGGAGCUUUUGGUUUGUGAUGUCCAUUAUGCACCGCUGAACUUUAGGGAUGUUAUGCUAGCAACUGGAAAGUUGCCACCGGAUGCGCUGCCUGGAGAUUUGGCUACUAAGGAAUGCAUCCUUGGGUUAGAGUUUGCUGGCACAAGUAAAGGAGAGCGUGUCAUGGGAUUGGUUGCAGCAGGUGGUCUGGCCACAACAGUCAAAGCAGAUCCACUGCUCACGUGGAAAGUGCCAUCAUCUUGGUCGAUGAAAGAUGCUGCCACUGUCCCUGUUGUUUAUGCUACAGCUUAUUAUGCCCUGGUGGUAAGAGGUGGAUUACGAAGAGGGGAGAGUGUGCUCAUCCAUGCUGGAUCAGGGGGAGUUGGACAGGCUGCCAUCAGCAUUGCCUUGGCUCAUUCCUGCACUGUGUUUACCACAGUGAGUAAUGAAAAGAAGAAGAAAGUUCUUCAGGAAAGGUUCCCACAGUUGAAAGAUGAAAAUUUUGCCAACUCAAGAGACAACAGCUUUGAAUAUGAUGUGUUAGAGCGCACUGGAGGACGUGGAGUGGAUGUGGUUCUCAAUUCCUUGGCUGGCGAAUUACUUCAGGCAUCUGUUAGAUGCUUGAAAGAGCAUGGGCGCUUCCUAGAGAUCGGUAAAGCAGAUCUCUCAAACAACACAGCCCUAGGCAUGGCAAUAUUCUUGAAGAAUGUGACCUUCCAUGGAAUUCUCCUUGAUGCAUUGUUUGAUGGCACUCCCGAGGAAAGGAGACGCCUCAAUGUGCUGCUCAAGGAUGGUUUGGAGAAAGGAGUAGUCAGACCCUUACCUCUGACCGUCUUCAAUAAAGACUGUGUUGAGGAUGCCUUCAGAUAUAUGGCAACCGGAAAGCAUAUUGGCAAGGUUGUUUUGGAGGUAAAGCCCGAGAACAACAGCAUUGCCCAAGUUGAGGCAGUUCCACGAAUGAGUGCUUACUCCAAUAUGGUUUAUGUUAUCACUGGAGGAAUGGGAGGACUUGGUUUAGAACUAGCUGGGUGGCUGAUCAAUCGUGGAGCAAAGAAGAUAGUGCUGACCUCUCGUCGUGGAAUAAGUACCGGUUAUCAGGCACUGUGCAUUCGCCGGUGGAGGGAAUCGGGCAUAAGUGUGCGCGUUUUGACCCAAGAUGCAUCCACAGUAGAGGGAGCAACAGCCCUUCUGAAGGAGGCUGCCAAAGAAGGUCCUGUUGGUGGCAUAUUCCAUCUUGCUGUCGUGCUCAAAGACGCUCUUUUCGAAAAUCAAACAGCAGAAACAUUCUAUGCUGUGAAUCAUGUGAAAGGUGAUGGUGCUAGGGCCAUUGACAUUGCUUCGCGCACCUGUUGCCCCAAUCUCCACCUAUGGGUUGCCUUCUCUAGUGUUGCUUGCGGUAAAGGAAAUGCCGGUCAGACAAACUACGGCUGGGCCAACAGUGUGAGUGAAAGAGUUGUGGAAGAAAGAGUUCGCCUGGGACUUCCUGGGGUGGCUAUUCAGUGGGGUGGUGUUGGAGAAGUUGGUGUGCUUGCAGAUACUUUGGGUGACAUUGAGGUUGGAGGAACUAAACCUCAGUCUGUUCGAUCAGUGCUGGAAUGCUUAGACGCCUUGCUGCUCAAUUCUAGCCCGAUUGUGUCCUCUGUGUGUCUAGCCACGAAGUCAAAGAAGUCUGAUGGGGGCAAAGGGGGCUCUCUCGUGAAGUCGGUGGCCAAUAUCUUAGGUGUGAAAGAUUUGACCAAAGUUCCCUUAGAGGUGAGCCUGGGUGAUCUUGGACUUGAUUCUCUUAUGAGUGUGGAAGUCAAGCAAACUCUCGAAAGAGAAGCUGACUUGGUGCUCACUAAUGCUCAAGUCAGAGAACUCACACUCAAAAUGCUUCAAGAUAUGGAAAGCUCUGGUGGGUCUAGUGGCGGAAAAAUCCCCGGUGAUGCAGAGAAAAAUGCCUCAAAACUAGGAAACGAACAGAAUCAUGGUACUCCCUUGCCAUGGCUGACUCUCCCAUUGAUACCUGAAGAAACCGUCAGCUUCUUAAAUAAGGAAGGAAAUGGUAUACCCUUGUUCUUCACUGCACCAAUCCAAGGAAGCACAACACCUCUUAAGGAGAUUUCACAAAAACUGAACAGGCCUGUUUAUGGGUUACAAUACCCACCAAAUGUCCCACACACAUCCAUCAUUGAAUUGGCUGAGUUCUUGGUUAAGAAACUGCAAGAAGUUCACCCAUCUGGUGACUUCAUCCUCGGAGGCUACUCUUUUGGAACGGCAAUUACGCUGGAAAUGGCAAAAAUGCUGGAAGCCCAGAACCGCCGUCCUUCCUAUGUCAUCCUUCUUGACGGAUCGCAGUCCUACGUAUCUGGCAUCAUUGACCACUACAAAGCUCGUCACAAAUCCAGCGCUGAUAAGCAAAAAGGCUCCCAGAAACAGAACACUGAAAUUCAAGAACAAGUAGAAACGCUCUUAGUCUUUGCUAUGCAGUUCAUCUCAAUGGAUGCUCUGUCGCUGAAGAAGACACUGACGAACAUGAAGUCAUGGGAAGAGAGAGCGAAUCAUGUUGCUAGUCUCGUCGUUGAAAGCCGUGCGAAAGCUGGUGUGAAAAUUUCCCCCAGUGAACAGCAACAGGCCGUGAAGGCAGCAGAACUACUGUACCGUCGUUUGAUAAUGGCAGACAAGCAUGUAGCUGAUUAUUCCAUCAAAACUUCAACGAUGCUGAUUCGUGCAAAAGAUAAUCCACAGGGUCCUAUUCUUGGCCAUGACUAUGGGCUCUCCAAGGUCUUGGAUGGUCCAUUGAGAAUUGAAGAGGUAUCCGGCUCACACGAAUCAUUCCUCACUGGAGAAAAUGGAAAGCAAGUAGCGACCAUAGUUCAGUCAUUUAUUGAAAAGCUCUCUUAAGUAAUGCUACUGGUACUGGAGCGUAGAUUGCUACUAAAGACAAAACGUAUCACUUGAAAAACUACUGGUGUUUUUUUAUUAUUAUUAUUUUAUUUUUUUUACACUAAAGAGUUUUAGGAAAGUCCAUGACACAAUUGUGAUAAUUUCUGUAUGGUAGAAUACAGGAAACUAUUAAAAUGUGAUAUAAACUAGUUUUGCAUGUCUGAUAUUUUGUGUAUGUUUGGAGAUUAAAUUCACUAUUGGUCUAGGAUAGGCGUUUCUUUACAGUCGAGACUCAUGUAUCGUGCAAUGUUCGCUAUUGUAGUGAUACUUCAAGAUUCAAAAGGUUUUGCUUUAAUUUUUAUUUUAGGUUUUACUUUUUGAGGAUUGGUCCUCGUCCAUACCAAAUGUUAAGAUAGUUAAAAGUAAAAGUGGCUAGGCUAGUCCAAAAAUAAUGGCUAGUGUGUUGGAAAUGAAGUACACGUGUUUAGUAUGUGCCAGUCUUCUGAAAAUGCCUAAGAUAUAAAGACGAAACCGGGCCAGUGUUCUAUUUUUCAUGUGGUACAUAUGAAUACGUAUGUAAAUCACGUGUAAGUGUGAUUAUAAUCAUCACCUGUGAAGCACAUGCAUUUAUGGUAAUAAUUAGGGUUUUUCUUUAUUGCAGUGACACUUUCUAUAUUCACAUUAUAAAAGAUUUCUGUAUACGUAUGUCUGUGUACCUCAGUGUUCUUUUCCACUUAUCAUUUUGAUCGAUUAGCAUAUACGUAUGGUAUUUUUCGGCAGACUCUUACAUCUGAAGUGUAUUUUCAUGUACUAUUUUUGUUGGGCAUUUCCAAGUACCUACCGUGUUGAUAUUUUCUCAACUUUAUUUUCCUGGUUUCCAUAUAUGUUUAAUACCUCUUGACACAAUAAUGCUUUUCCUGAGUGUUAUUUAACAUAGGAUAUGGGGAUAAGUAAACUCUAUCUGGUUACAAGUUUUAGUGGCGUAGUCAGUAAUAGGUUGCUUUUUUAGUUUUUGGUCUUUCUCUUUUGAAAACAGCAAUGCUAGCAAUGCAAAGUAGUUCACUGUUCAUGCACGCAAUGGUUAUACGUAUUUACUGCAGUGGUAGGAGUAUGACCCUCCUUUUUGGGUCAAUAUUUUUCUUGUGAACUAUUAGGCCUAAGAAGAGGCUGUUUUGAAUCCAUGUAAAUAAAUAUAGCCACACUAUAGUAGCUAACAGUAAUAAUAUACAUGGCAGUAAGGCAGCCAUUGCAUAUUUCAAUGUAAAUCACUGUACUAUGCAUAGUCGGUGUUAUGAUUGUUAUCUUGUGUAUACAAAUGCUCUUACAAGUCCAUAUAAUGGCAUCCAAAAGAGCCAUUGGUGACUGAUGCCAUGUUCAUGUUAAGCUCUUCAUAUCACUUCAUCCUAAAAAAAGUCCCAUUUAUUCAUGUGCACAUUACUGAAGUGAAUAACCUGUAACCAACAGGCUAAGCUUAGUUGUGAAGUUUAUUUUUAAGUCUUGUAUAGACGAAGUACUCUAUGUAUAUUGAAAUAUUUAUUUUGUGUACGUCAUCUUUAUAAAUACAAAGCAAACUAC